AUGCCAGAAGCCACGGCCUCCGGCGCUGACACGGGCGGUUCCGCUCGUUCUCGCGAACACAACCAGGGCAACCAGGGCCGCACCUACACCGUCGAGCAAAAGGCGGCCGUCCUUCGAAUCCGAAAAUGCAAGCCCACCGCCUUUUACGACAUCCUGGGCCUCGAGACCGUCCGCACCUCGUGCUCCGACUCGGACAUCAAGAAGGCGUACAGGAAACAGUCGCUGCUGACACAUCCUGAUAAGAAUGGCCACGAACACGCCGAUGAGGCCUUCAAGAUGGUCAGCCGCGCCUUUGGCAUCUUGGGCGACAAGGAGAAGAGGGAGAAAUUCGAUAAGUUCGGAACAGACCCCGAUAGCCGGUUCGAGAGCGCCCGCUCCCAGAAUCCCUUCUCGGGCUUCGGGUCACGGCAAGCCGCAGCAGCGGGAGGCGGUGGCUGGGGAGAGGACGAAAUGACACCCGAGGAGAUGUUUGCGCGCUUCUUUGGCGGCGGUGGCGGUCCCUUUGGCGGCGGCUUUGGAGGUGAGUGGAAUCCACGAGCAUUGAUGUGUUCGUUUGAUACAGGUCCCCAAUUUGUCUUCAAUUUUGGCGGCGGCCCCGGCAUUCGAGUACACCAAUUCGGUGGCGGCAUGCCCCGAGCGAGACCGCGAGAGGCCCAGGGCGGCCCUCCUCAACAAGAACAACACGGGCUCCAGACGCUGCUGGGUCUCCUCCCCAUCCUCCUCUUCUUCAUUGUGCCUCUCAUUACAUCCAUCUUCUCUGGCGGUUCCUCCACGCCCGCCACUCCGGGCAUGGUUUUCGACAAACCCAGAGCGCCCUUCACUGAGGGCCGCACAACACCAAACCUCGGUGUCAAAUACUUUUUCUCACCCGUCGAAGUAGCCUCAUAUAGCAAGUCCAAGUUGACUCAGCUGGACCGUACAGCCGAAAUUCAAUUUGUGCGUCAACUGCGGUAUGAGUGUGAGAACGAAGCCAUGCACAAGAGGCAAUUGAGAGAGAAUGCCAUGGGAUGGUUUUACCAGGACCCUGAAAAGAUGGCCGCUGCCGAGGCGUAUAAGAUGCCCUCAUGCCAGAGGCUAGAGACGCUUGGCGUGAGCCGGUCAUAG